AGGCAGGCAGGCGGUGGGCGGCGUGCGAGCUAGAGAGACGUGCAUCCUCGCCGAGUGAACCGCUGUCACUUUGUUUUUUUUAUUCUUCUUCUUUAAUAAUAAUAAUAAAAAAAUCUCCUUAUCUGUAACCGUGUGCACUUCCGUGAGAGGGAGAGGGAUCUUUGAGGUGAAGUACAGCAACAGGGCGCAGUGCACGGUGCACGCGAUGCCGCUGAGCAACACGGGGAGCUCGCGCCACUAGCACCGGCGCCUCGCCGCUACUGCGGAAUAAAGCGACAUGCGAGGAGGUGAAGGAGGAGGAACAAGUGGAAGAGAAUACAGACCAUGGAGCUUCAGUGAAGCCGAGCAGAAAAGACAGAGCUAGCUAGGCUAACCGGCUUUAAUUGGCGUCAUACAUGCGAAGUUACUCGUGCUCAGAGCAAAAGUAGCGCGAGACAAAAGGAACUGCAGAGUCUUAGAGCGCGCGCCAAAGAAGACCGAAGAGUUGAGAAUGUUACGGAGAGGGCUGAAUUUGCUGUGUGGUGGGGAUGAGAAAAGAGUGGACAGCAGGACCAUUUACGUAGGACAUCGCACUUGUCCAGCCACCGAGAGCUUCAUCCCUCCUAAGUUCUGUGACAACAGGAUAGUGUCUUCCAAGUACACAAUAUGGAACUUCCUGCCAAAGAACCUGUUUGAGCAGUUCAGAAGAAUCGCCAAUUUUUACUUCCUUAUUAUAUUUUUGGUACAGGUUAUCGUGGACACCCCGACCAGCCCUGUGACCAGCGGCUUACCGCUGUUUUUUGUGAUAACGGUGACAGCUAUUAAACAGGGUUAUGAGGACUGGCUGCGGCACAAAGCAGACAAUGAAGUGAAUAAGUACCAAGUGCGGGUGCUGGAGAAUGGUCAGCCUGCACGAAAGGAGAGCGAGAAGAUUAAGGUGGGUGAUAUAGUGGAGGUUGUGGAAGAUGAGACCUUUCCCUGUGAUCUCAUUUUGCUGCAUUCCAGUCGAGACGACGAUACGUGUUUCGUCACCACAGCCAGUCUGGACGGGGAGUCCAAUCAUAAAACGCAUUACACUGUGCCAGAUACAGAGAAGGAUUUGCAGUCUCUCAUUGCUACCAUCGAAUGUGAGCAGCCGCAGCCCGACCUCUACAAGUUUGUGGGACGGAUGCACAUUUACCAACCCGAGCAGGAGUCACCAGUAAGAUCUUUGGGUCCAGAGAAUCUGCUUCUGAAAGGUGCAACCUUGAAAAACACUAAGAAGAUUUAUGGUGUUGCAGUGUACACAGGCAUGGAGACUAAAGUGGCUCUCAACUACCAGUCCAAGUCUCAGAAACGCUCAGCUGUCGAGAAGUCUAUAAAUGCUUUCCUGCUGGUUUAUCUGUCCAUCCUGAUCAGUAAAGCAGUGGUGUGCACCACACUUAAGCACAUUUGGCAGAACCGAGAGGGACCUGACAAGGCCUGGUACAACCAGGAAACCCAGAAGGAGAAGGAUACUAAUUUGUAUCUGAAGAUGUUUACAGACUACCUCUCCUUCAUGGUGCUCUUCAAUUUCAUCAUCCCUGUAUCCAUGUACGUCACUGUGGAGAUGCAAAAGUUUCUGGGUUCCUUCUUUAUCACCUGGGAUAAGGAUUUCUUUGACCCUGAGAUUAAGGAGGGGGCCCUGGUUAAUACCUCUGACCUCAAUGAGGAGCUCGGUCAGGUGGAGUACAUUUUUACUGACAAGACGGGGACGUUGACCCAGAACAACAUGGAGUUCAUUGAGUGUUGUAUAGACGGUUUUCAGUAUAAGAACACGGAGAGCAUGAGUGAGGUGGAUGGGUUCUGUGUGACAGAUGGGGCAGUAAACAAACUGCAUCAGAAAGCUGGGCAUGAAAAGGAAGAGCUUUUCCUGCGGGCUCUGUGUCUAUGCCACACAGUGCAGGUAAAAGAGGCAGGCCAGAUUGAGAUUGACAGCAUUGACCAAAUAGAUGGGCUGGAUGGAGGGCACUCUCAGCAGGCCGAGCAGACAGGAUAUAUUGCCUCUUCUCCUGAUGAGGUGGCUUUAGUUAAAGGAGCCAUGCAAUACGGGUUCACCUUCAUGGGUUUGGACAGUAAAACAAUGAAGAUAAGAAACAGGCAAAAUGACGUAGAAGUAUACGAGUUGCUUCACGUGCUCAACUUUGACCCUGUGCGGCGGAGAAUGAGUGUCAUAGUCAGGACCAAGAUGGGUGAGACCCUGCUUUUUUGCAAAGGGGCAGAUUCCUCUAUCUUUCCCAGAGUUAGACAAGAUGAAGUGGACAGAAUCCGCAGGCACGUGGAGCGCAACGCUACGGAAGGCUACAGGACCCUGUGUGUGGCCUAUAAGCAGCUUAGCCCAGAGGAGUUUGCAGCAGCAGACACAAGUCUACAGGAAGCCAGACUGGCUUUGCAGGAUCGUGAGGAGAAGCUUACCGCUGUGUACAACCAGGUGGAGACAGACAUGAGCCUGAUUGGAGCCACAGCAGUAGAGGACAGAUUGCAGGAAGAGGCUGCAGAGACAAUGGAAGCCCUACAUGAAGCUGGGAUGAAAGUGUGGGUUCUCACUGGUGACAAGAUGGAGACGGCCAAGUCCACAUGCUACGCUUGUAGGCUGUUUCGGAGCGGCACACAGCUGCUGGAGCUGACAGUGCGCACACUGGAGGAAGAAGGAAAAAGUCGUGAGCAAAGACUCCAUGAGCUCCUUCUGGAUUACCACAGGACAGCCGUGCAGGACGCAGCGCCUGUCAAAGCUGGAAUCACUAGGAGCUGGUCCACGGCCAGUCAGGAGUAUGGCUUCAUCAUAGAUGGCGCCACACUGUCUUUAGUGAUGAACAACUCUCCUGAUGCAAACUCCAGUAGCUACGAGAGCCUCUUCCUACAGAUCUGCCAGAACUGCACGGCUGUGCUCUGCUGCCGCAUGGCACCACUGCAGAAGGCGCAGAUAGUGAAAAUGGUGAAAAAUUCUAAGGGAUCUCCCAUCACCCUGUCCAUUGGAGAUGGUGCGAAUGAUGUCAGUAUGAUCCUGGAGGCUCAUGUGGGCAUUGGUAUAAAGGGUAAAGAGGGGCGGCAGGCAGUCAGAAACAGUGACUAUGCCAUACCUAAACUGAAACACUUAAAAAAGCUAUUGCUGGUGCAUGGCCACCUCUACUACGUCCGCAUCGCCCACCUCGUGCAGUACUUCUUCUAUAAGAACCUCUGUUUCAUUUUACCUCAGUUCCUGUACCAGUUUUUCUGUGGCUGCUCUCAACAGCCCCUGUAUGACGCAGCCUAUUUGACGAUGUACAACAUUUGCUUUACCUCGAUGCCUAUCUUGGCAUACAGCUUGCUGGAGCAGCAUAUAGCAAUUGAGGUCCUGCUACAGAGUGCAAAUCUUUACAAGCAGAUAGCAAAGAAUGCUAUGUUACAAUGGCGCCCAUUCGUCUGCUGGACCAUAUUGGGGCUUUUCCAGGGACUUGUCUUCUUCUUUGGUGUCAAAUUUUUGUACACCAACCCAGCACUGCAGGACAAUGGCCAGGUUUUUGGAAAUUGGUCCUAUGGAACAACGAUUUUUACAGUCCUUGUUUUUACUGUCACACUAAAGCUGGCCUUGGACACACGACACUGGACGUGGAUCAACCACUUUGUGAUCUGGGGCUCACUGGCCUUCUAUGUGUUCUUCAGCUUCUUCUGGGGAGGCAUAAUCUGGCCAUUCCUAAAACAGCAGAGGAUGUACUUUGUCUUUGCUAACCUGCUUAGCUCGGUGUCUGCCUGGCUGGUCAUCAUCCUCCUCAUCCUCCUCAGUCUCCUUCCUGAAAUUUUACUUGCGGUCCUGCGUAAGCCCAAAACCCCUCGCAUUCAACAGAAGAUGCCGGCUCACUCGGGUGUGAGGGGCAGCCAGUCUUCAGCCAGGCCUCUGCUCAUGAGAACCUUUUCAGACGAGUCCAAUACUGUGAUAUGAACAGCUGUCAGAGGACGCCCUCCUUCAUGCAGACAGAUCGCCACCAUCACCACAUUGUCCUACAAGCUUCUGAGAGAACGCUACUGAAGAACUACUGGCUGAGUAUCCUCCUGCCUGGUCAAAAAAAAAAGAGAACAGACAAGAAAUUCUGAGCAACCAAAUGAACAUGUAUAUCAAACCAACAAAGCCUUUUCAUACCAGGCCUGGAUCCAGCAGUCUGGCAGCACUCGAGUAUUAUUUUUUUCUUGCUCUUCCUUCAUUCUUUAUGUUAUGACUUCACAUUUGCACACUGUGGCGCUGGUCCUCAUAGCACGUGCCACUCGUCACCCACAAUCUUUCCAUGAACCAUGCGCCACUUCUUGCUCCUGCAUGGGAACAGCUGUCACCAGAGCCACAUUUCCCAUCGUCCCAGCUGGUUAUCCUUCCAGGGUUUUAGUUUAGCUAAGUCAGAUAUCCAAGAUUGUGGGCUUUCUUGAACAUGCUGUAUUGAUGGGACCUGACCCUACUGGUUUACAAAGCCUUUCACCAUGCUGUGUGUCUACUUUUGUUAAGCAAGAGGUGUGAACAUCUUUUCGUGUGUGUGUGUGUGUGUGUGUGUGUGUGUGUGGUCAAAUCACAUAUUCUAAUGUGUGCCAUCUAUUCGUUAGAUUUCAGUUAUAAAUUCGGGUGCAAAUCAUAGUUUCUAAUGAUGCAGGGAUCACUAAGACAUUGGAUUAUGGUUUAAUUGUUGAUAAGUGGUUGUGUAUGUCCAUCAAGUGUUUGCAUGGAACAAAAAAAAAGACUCCUGGGAGUGCCUGCUCUCCUCCAUACCCAGUCCUGGACGUGUGAUAGUGUUUUAAUGCAUUUUAUGAAAGAUAGACUGUGACAACCUUUAAAUUAAAACAUAUUCAAACAGAGUUUAGAACAUAGUGCCAGUGUUUUCUCUCCGUAUUGGCACAGGAUCAGUUUUCACUCUUUAUUGUUUUAGCCUUCAACAUAAGCAUAGCAUUGUCUUCUUUUUACCCUUCCUACUUUACGCUUCUUCCUACAUUCCAUUUCUACCUGCCUUAUUUUCUAUCACCAUGUCGAUUAGUACUGAUUUUCCCUUGAUGGUGUGAUUUUAUUUGACAUAUUUAUUUAAGUAGUUUUAGUCACAAAGGCUCUAUUUUUUAUGACAUGUAUCUUUUUAUCUUCAGGAACAGUAAGUUUAGCCUGUGUAAUCCCACAUGCUGGGUUAAUCUGAGGUUUGAGAGCAGGAAUAGCUGUUAGACCAGCGUUUCACACGUAACUCGGUUGGUUAAAUAUUUGAACGUGCACGAGGUCACAUCUCAAUACGCCCUUUAAUGAAAGCUGAAUGAUUAUUUGCAUAUGUAUGUAUUUGCUAGUAGCCCAAAGUGGGCAGUGAUUUUUGGCAUGUUUUUUUUUUUUUUUUUGUUGUUUUUUUUCCAUUGUUGUUUGAAAUUUGAAAUCAUUCAGAUCUGGAAGGCGUUGUGCCCCGUUACGGCUUAAACCGAUUUAAACCAGCUAUCUGUGCAUUACUGUGAGAGCAGUGGCGUGUGUUAGACCUCUGACUGUGUUAUGAUGCCAAGCAUCUUAAGCCCAGAUUUCAGUUCACCUACGAGCACUUUCUUAUUCUAUCAUUUAUUGCUGUUUUAAGAAAAGAAUAUACAUAAAAGCUCUAUGUUGCAUUUUAUUUCUUUUUUUAUUUUAUUUAAUUUUAAAGAUUUAUGUGCAAAUGUCCAGGUUACACAGCCAUUUAGCAGUGCAUUUUAAGAUAAAGUCUUAUUACUCUGAGUCAUGGUGCAUAUACUGUACCAUGUUCAGCUGUUUGUGUGUCUGUGUGUAUAGAGCUCGGAAUUAGAAUGGGUGAAUGGGACCUGCUUGCAAUGUGUCAGAUACCUUUAAAUUACAUCAGAGAUGCUAUUUUCACAGCUUAUAACAGAUUGAUUGUCAUAAUUGCCUGAAAACAAAAAGAAAUGUCGACUGUAUUUUUAAUGAAACUUUUUCCAAGCUAUUUUGUAAGAAAAUGGGGUAAAGUGUCAAAAAAAAAAAAAAAAAGGUGUAAGACUGCCUGAGGGUGAAAACUGUCAGGGUGUGGUGCUCAUGACAGCCAUGUCCUCUGUGUCAGGACCCUCAGACUCUUACAUUCUGAGCUGAAUGUACCUCUUUAACAGUCUGUUCCAAAAAAAAAACUUUAUAUAAUAAAACUGUUUUGAA